AUGUCUGCAAAGCCAGCAGACGCCUCCCGGCCUCGCGCCGCUGACCCUAAGAAGGUCCACAUUGCUGAUACUGUCAUGACACGCGGCAACUGGUACAAGCAUGUCAACUGGCUGAACGUCUUCCUCAUCAUCGGUAUCCCCGUGUACGGCUGUGUUCAGGCCUUCUGGGUGCCCUUGCAGGUCAAGACUGCUAUCUGGGCCGUUAUCUAUUACUUCUUCACUGGUCUGGGUAUCACCGCAGGAUACCAUCGUCUCUGGGCUCACUGCUCUUACUCUGCUCGUCUUCCUCUCCGUAUCUGGCUCGCCGCUGUUGGUGGUGGUGCCGUCGAAGGUUCUAUCCGCUGGUGGGCGCGUGAUCACCGGGCUCACCACCGUUAUACCGAUACCGACAAGGACCCCUACUCCGUCCGCAAGGGUCUGCUCUACUCCCACCUGGGAUGGAUGGUCAUGAAGCAGAACCCCAAGCGUAUUGGCCGCACCGAUAUCUCCGAUCUCAACGAAGACCCUGUUGUUGUCUGGCAGCACCGCAACUACCUCAAGGUCGUCUUCACCAUGGGCCUGAUUGUUCCCAUGCUCGUCUCCGGUCUUGGCUGGGGUGACUGGUGGGGUGGUUUCGUUUACGCCGGUAUCCUGCGUAUCUUCUUCGUUCAGCAGGCUACCUUCUGUGUCAACUCUCUGGCCCACUGGCUCGGUGACCAGCCCUUCGACGACCGCAACUCUCCCCGUGACCACGUCAUCACUGCUCUUGUCACUCUCGGCGAGGGAUACCACAACUUUCACCACGAGUUCCCCUCUGACUACCGCAACGCUAUCGAGUGGCACCAGUAUGACCCGACCAAGUGGAGCAUCUGGGCCUGGAAGCAGCUUGGUCUCGCCUACGACCUGAAGAAGUUCCGUGCCAACGAGAUCGAGAAGGGUCGUGUCCAGCAGCUCCAGAAGAAGCUUGAUCAGAAGCGUGCUCGUCUCGAUUGGGGUACUCCUCUCGACCAGCUUCCCGUUAUGGAAUGGGACGACUAUGUCGAGCAGGCUAAGAACGGCCGUGGUCUCGUUGCUAUUGCUGGUGUUGUCCACGACGUGACCGACUUCAUCAAGGACCACCCCGGUGGCAAGGCCAUGAUCAACUCCGGCAUCGGCAAGGACGCUACUGCCAUGUUCAACGGUGGUGUGUACUACCAUUCCAACGCCGCCCACAACCUUCUCUCUACCAUGCGUGUGGGUGUGAUCCGCGGUGGUUGUGAGGUUGAGAUCUGGAAGCGGGCUCAGAAGGAGGGCGCCGGCUAUGUUCGCGACGAUGCCGGCCAGCGGGUGAUCCGGGCCGGUGAGCAGGUCACCAAGAUCCCUGAGCCUAUCCCCACUGCCGAUGCUGCGUAA